AUGGACGACUCGGAAGCCGCCGAGCCCGCGCCCGCCCCUCAGCCCAACGUUUUUGAGAAAUUAGCCGAACGAACGCAUUGCAGGGUGGUCAACGUCCAACUCAGCCAUUCGCCGGUGAGUUUAGAAUGUGUGCCGCAUAAUCAUCCACUAUCAAGCCAAAUUUAGCAAAAAAAUUCAAUUUUCGGCAAUUUUUCGCUAUUCUGACAUUAUUUUAGGUAGAGCCUGAAAAUUCAGACCUUGCAAGAUCCGGAAGUAAACGUAUAGGCAGUAAAAACCUAUUUUGCAUUAUUUUCAAUCGGUUUUUUGUAAUUUCCCCCACUUUUUUGCGAUUUUCCACCUUAUUUUAGUCUAAAGUAAUAUCAGAACUAAAAUAAUAUCGAAAAUAUCGCAGAAACUCUUAGUUUCUUUCAUUACAUGUUAUAAAAAGGCCAAGGAUGAGGCACUGCGUAUUUUACCCUCCGAUUUUUCGUUUAUCUAUCGAUUCGCACCUUUUCCGCCUUAUUUUAGGUAUGAAAUGUAUAAAAAUUUGAAAAAAUAUCCAUUUUCUCGUCUUCCAGACUGGCAAAAGUUUCCUAAACCAAGAAAAAAACAAUAGUAAACGUGUUUUACCUUCAGUCAGACCACCAUGGAAUCACAUUGGGCCCGAACUUGUUGAUCCGCGCCAUUCGAUUGAACUCGUUGGCCAGUGAACACUUGAUCAUUGGGGAUCAGCUGUUGGCCGUGAAUGGGGAACUGGUUUACACGCUCGAUGAUGCGGAGGAACUGCUCGAUCAAAUGGGAACUGUAGGUUUUUCGGAGCGGUAUUUUUGGCCAAAAAAAAUUUUUUGGGUACCGACACGAAAACUUGAAUGAACUAAAAAAACUGAUAAAUUUAGGUUUUGAUGGGAUGUAGCGAGGGCUAUGGAGCAUUUUUAUUGAAAAAAUGUAAAAUACCGAUGUUUUUUCAUUAUUUUUGGGUCCCACCACGAAAACCCUGAGUAUCACGAAAGCUUUGGUUUUUGACCCUAAAAACAUCAUUUUUUCAGCUGGAAAUUGCGGUGCUUCGACCUGCCUACAAAUUUCCGUUGACUGCGAACCGAGCGAAAGCCGCUGGCUAUCGACGAGCCGCCAAUAGCACCAACUGUUUCGUCGCCUACGUCAUUGUUCCACCGGCGUGUAGGGCCGGACUGAAAGUCAAAUACACGAAAGGAAAAUUUGUUGUGGCUAAUGUGAGUGGAAUCUUUGGAAAUUUUUUUGGAAUUAAAAAAUUUUUUUUUAAAUUUUAAAUUUUUUUUAAAAUUUUUUUUUUAUUUUGAUGUCUAAAAUGAUUUCAGAUAUACGAAAACUCGAUUGGCUCAUUCUUCUUCCUCGUUGACGACAUUGUAAUCGAUAUCGACGGCGAAACGUUCAGCUCGUUUCAGGUGUUUCGGUCCGUUUUUAAGCGCAAAUGCAAAACCCAGCAGUCAUUUACAAUGGCCAUAGAGCGGCCGGAACCCAACAAUCGGAUGCCAUUGAUCCUUCAGGCGGCGGAUUAUUGGGUGAGAAUUUGUAUUUUUUUUGAAAUUGAAAAAAAGUUUAUUGCACGGUGCAAAAAUUUUGUGAUUGCACGGUGCAAAAAUUGCUUUGAUUGCACGGUGCAAAAGUUGUUUUUAUUGCACAGUGCAAAAAUUUCUUUGAUUGCACGGUGCAAAAGUUGUUUCUAUUGCACGGUGCAAAAAUUUAUUCAUCGCACAGUGCAAAAAUUUUGUGAUCGCACGGUGCAAAAGUUGUUUUUAUCGCACAGUGCAAAAUUUUUUGUGAUCGCACGGUGCAAAAGUUGUUUUUAUCGCACAGUGCAAAAUUUUUUGUGAUCUCACCGUGCGAAAAUUCUUUUGUUUGCACAGUGCAGAAGUUGUUUUUAUUGCACAGUGCAAAAUUUUUUGUGAUCGCACGGUGCAAAAAUUGCUUUGAUUGCACGGUGCAAAAGUUGUUUUUAUUGCACAGCGCAAGAAUUGUUUUGAUCGCACGAUGCAAAAUUCGUUUUGAUUUCACGGUGCGUUUUUUUUAUUGAUUACACAAUGCGAAUCUGCGACAAAAUUUGUCGAACGCACAGUGCAGAUUGUGCAAAAUGAAAAUGACUGCACAGUGCGGGGAAAAAAUUCUGUUUUUUCGCACUGUGCAAGAAUUUUUUUUUAAUCUAAAUAACGAUACAGCCUUUCUCUAAUUUCUCUUCCAAUUAUUAAUUUUCCAGACCAACCUUACCGUCAUUGACCCGCCAAUUGCGUCGGAUGUGUACCUGAUCGGUCAACGGGAAUGUCUUCGGAUUCAGGAGUUCAGACGACGCCUGUUGCUGUCCAAAAAUGAACAAUCGGACAAGUCGAACAAGCGGAGCUCGGACAAGGGCUAUAGGGACGACAGUGCCAAGAGGACCGAGUAUCAGUCCGUUAUUUCAACCGCGCCACAAGGGCCACCUUCGACUUUGGUGAGGAAGGAUCCUCUAUCUGUGAAGGAGGUUGGGUCGACGAGGACGAGAAAGAACACGAAAAAGUGAGUAAAUUACUUUGCUUGCUCGGUUUGAUCGAAAAAUUUGCGAAAAAUUGGGAUUUUGCGGGAAUUUUUGGUUACUGUAGUUUUCGUGGCGAGACCCAUAGCACUUGAAACGUUAUAAAUUUACUGAAUUAUCUCGUUAUGCCUUUGUUAUUUCGCUUUGGUCGACAAAAUUAAGCUUUUUUUAAGAUUUGGCGGGAAAUUUUGGGUUACUGUGGUUUUCGUUGUGGGACCCGAGCCAGUUACGGUAUAAAGUAAAUAUGGUGUCAGAAAAUAUUCUGAGAUUCUCUAAUAAGGUAUAAAAUGACUAUAUUUGAUCUUUACAAACAGUUUUCGAAACGACUUUGGGUUACGGUAGUUUUCGUUGCGAGACUCAUUUUUGUCAUCAAAAAUUUUUAGUUGGACGCCUAAGUUUUGCAGAUGUAAAAUAUGAAUUUUUAAUUGAAUAUUGUUCGUGUCUAGGACUGCCAAGUCGCUGGGUUACUGAAUUUUUCAGAAUUUCUUACCUUUCAAUUUUCAGAAGCAAGAAGCUCAGAGUCCCCGCGGGAUCCCAGGAAGAUUCGAAAAGAGUAAGAAAAAAUUUGAAGGGGCGAUUACAAAGUGUGUCCAGGAACUACAAGAAGAGCCAGAUGAAAGACAGACACACCCUGAGGGCAAGAGGCAUCGAUUGGUUCAAGAAGAAGAAGGGAAAAGUCUUGGUGAAUACGGUAGGUUACAGUAGGAAAUUUUGAGUUUUUUACAAAAAAAAAUUUUUUUUGCAAAUUCAAAUUUCGUUUUUUCAGGCCAAAAACGACGAAAUCAAAGUGUGCAGCGACGUUGAGGAGGGCACACGGCUCCAAUCCAUCACUCCGGCCGAAGAAGGGGGACUCGGAUCGCGGAUUCUGGACAGCGCCCGAACGUUUUUCGGAAUGAAUCGAAAACUGGACCAAGAAGAACGCUUCCCCGGCACGGAUCCCAAUCAACCGCCGUUACAGCCGCAAACACCGCCCGCACCGCCGCCCGCAACCUCUCCACUCCCCACGCCGGAUCCGAAUGUCAGCAAACCGCAAUAG